GGAAAAUAAAAUUGUCAAAUGCGUUGUGAUUUUUGCGGAAGAUUUUUGUUUUCUUUUGGGUUAUGCUGCAAAUUGGUUAAUAGUAAUUGUCCCGAUUCAUUCAUGAACGUGUAAGAGAAAAUUUACAAAUAUUUUCGCAAUGGAGAACACCACUUUGUGGAAUAAAGACAGCAAAGAUUUGCAGACAAAACGCAGGCCGCCUAAAACUAUUCCUUACAGUGAGCUACCUGCAUCCCAGCAGAAUUCGCAGCCGAAUUCCGUGCAGUUCGGCCAGAACGCGGAGGUGAGUGGACAGUUGCAACAAAGGAGCGAUAAGAAAUUAGAGCAGUUGGUGGCGAAUUCGACGUUAAGAGCAGAUGCAGAGGAAUGGUUUCCUUCGAAACCGAUUGCUCAACCCGUUCCUCUCAACAAUCCAGGGGAAAAUCCUAGUCGAAUACAAGAUCGCUUGAAGAAGCACAAGAAUCCGGAGAAGGUUAGCGAAAAUGAUGGAGUGAAUGAUGACAAUCAAGCGCACAUGGUGGAAAACCGGAGAGACUCCUCGGCUGACUUCGAUCGACUGAAACGGAUCAUUGGAACGCUUACAAAGGAUCCAGGCCAAUUUCAUAAUUUAUUAGACAUUUUUAUGGAAACUUUAGAACCCUACGUUAGUAAUGGCAUACCCAUAUCAGAUAUUACAGGAAUAAUUGUGAAUCAGGCGAUUAUUUAUCCAAACUUUAGGUAUACCGGCGCGAGAUUGUGUUGGUACAUCGAAAGGAUUUCUCCGAUGUUCCGUGCCAAUUUGCAUAUGAUAUGCAAAAAGAAAAUUGUAGAUAAUCAGGACAAUUCCGACAUCAUGAACUGUCUGCCCUUCAUCGCUGAACUUUACAUUCAUCUCCCUCACGAAAAUUUGUACGGAUCUCUACUAAUAACAGCGUUUCAAAAAUUAAUCAAUAUCGGAGACAGCGACAGCAUCAAAUGCGUCUGUCAAUCGCUUAAGUUAACAGGUUAUUCGCUGGAACGCAGUAACAAAUCCGAUCUAGAUAAAGUUGUUGACGAUUUGAAAUCGUUUAUUGGAAGAGUUGAAGGUUCGGCUAGGAUUCUUUUGGAUUCCGUGUUUCAGUUGAGAUCAUCAAAUUGGGGUCAUACUGGAGAAAGUACAGAGUCAGAAUCUGAUGAUCAUGACACUUUCGAUGAAGAAGUAUUUUACGAAGGAUUGACUAAUGAGGAAAGUGAGUUUAUAGCUCGACAUAUGACUGCUCAAGAUGAUUUUGACAGUGAGGACUUUGAUCCAGACGAAUUGUGUGAUCCCGAGCCGGAAAUGGACGAAGAAAUUCAAGAAGCUUUUAAAGAAUUUGUUAGACUUAGUGGUAAACGUUAGUAUAGUUUCCAAAGAGUUGUAAAAAAUUUACAUCCUGUUGUGAAUAUGUUUUUUUUUGUAGAAAUCUAUUUUUUAAUCAUUGUGUAUGCUGUGAAUUUUUACCGAUGUCGUUUAUUUUAGGUCAAGAAUCAUUUUGUAUAGAUUGAUGUAUUCAUGCAAAUUAAAAAAAAAUACACAAUAAAUUGAUCUUGCAAGGUUGAAUUAAAUGUAUAAUCAUUUAUUGUAAGUUAUUCGCUGUGUACGUUACUCUUGUACUAUUACGGAUCAUCUUUUCUAUUUAGCUUAUUGCAAUAAAGAUGUGUUGUUUUAUGUAUCUUAGUAUUUAACAAAAAUACAAUAUUUACGAUAUUUAAAAGUAUGUGUGUUAUAAAGGUUUUUCUGAAAGGAAUGAGUAAAAUUUAAAACGUGUAUUCGUGUAAAGACGUAUCUACAACUUUGUUAUUGAAAAUGAAUGUAAUGUUUUGUUUUUACAUUGUAAAAUUGUUAAUCAUUUUAUUUUUUUUAUCUUAUUUACCAAUAUCUAUGCAGUUGGUUUAUAUGUGACAGAAAACAUACAUAAAAUGUAAAUUAUAAUAUUUAUUGACUAUCGAUUAGAAACCCUUAUAUAAAUAUAAUAUGGUAUUUUUAACAAUAACAAUGUCGAAUAUUUUGUAUACCUUUUUAAAAACUU